AUGUUCACGCUAUAGUUAGUCUCCUCAGCGACAGAUGAGAGAUCCAUCGCCUCAGUGAUACAUUCUCAUUCCUUGUGAAUAUUAAACCCCGGCGGGGACCCUGCUGACUCUUGUAUGCCUGUUGUGUUGUAGUCCAGUUUGAAUCUGUCUGAAGCCAUGGCCAUGCUCAGAGUGUCUUCUUACCGGAGGCUGUUUGAGGAGGAAACGUGGAGUCGAAGUGGAGGAUUGAGUUUGCCGUGUGCGGGGCAGUAUCGGGCCUCUGUCAGGCGUGCGGCCGCCGACAAGUGCGACUGUGACUGUGACAAGCUGGACUUUGUCGCUGCCAAGUCUCUCAACAAGGAGGGUCUGAACCGGUUCGCCCAGGACCGCACCGUCAUCGCUGCCCUCAACGACCGCCUGGUCGGCCUUAUAGAGCUGGCUCGUUGUUUCGAGGAGGAGAAUGAGGCGCUUGAAUGUCAGAUUGUGGAGCUCGAGGAGAAGCCGAGAAGUCGCCCAGCCGCCUCCUCCUCCAUCACCUCCGCCGUGGCUCAACCUGACUACAGCCUGGAUGCAGUGGUGGAGAGACUGCGCAGGGAGAGGGACGAGAUUCUGUGCGACACCGAGGAGCUGCACAAAGAGCUGGAGUGUCUGAAGAGCGGCUACGAGGAGGUGGCACAGCAGAGAGUCUUCUACCAGCAAGAACGACAGGAUGUGGCUGAGGUUGUGGAUGCUGUGACAGCAGAGUGUUUGGCGCUGAGGGAGCAAGUGGCUAUCUACGAGGAGCAGCUGGCCAACAUGGAGGCCCGGCACAAGACGGAGGUGGAGAGUCUGCUGGAUCCAGCCGACUGGACCACAGGAGCAGCUGCAGCUCUUGGAUUCUGCAGCCCGGACAUGACUCCGGUCCUGGAUGUGAAGGAGUUCUACUGCCAGCUGGCUGAGUGUCUCCAGUACGAGUGCGGAGCUGCCUCCUCUGCUGCAGUCCGCGGUGGUGAUCGAAAACAACUGGAAGUGGGAGCUGCCGUAGGGUCAAAGGUCACAGACUUGCCAAAGAUACAGGACGUCGGUGAGCUGAAGAUGCUGAUUCCCGAGCUACAAAAGGAGCUUGUGGAGCUUGAGAAGUGUAACGAGGAGCUGGAGGAUGAGGUGGAGAUGAAGAAAGCUGCAUACAUGGAUGAGAUUGCUGAUUUGAAGUUCACCAUGGAUGAGAUGCGGCAGCAGGAGACCGACUUCCAGGUACAGAUGAAGGAGCAGUGUGAAGACUACAAGGAGCUGCUCAGUGAGAAGAUGGCCAGAGACAUGGAGAUAGUCGCCUACAGGAGUCUGUUGGAGGACGAAGAGGAGAGGCUGUGCGACCUGUGAGACGAGGACGAAGAGUGAGACCGGGCGGCUGGAGUUUGGAUGGAUGCUCCCAUACACACACACACACACACGGAUUAGAAAACAGACAAUAGUGAAACGCAGACCCAAAUCGGCACUAGGACGAAGCGCAAGGUACCGACGGAGCAAUUUGAGCAGAUGUAAACUUAUCAUGACAGAUUAAUGCUGUCUGGAGGCCUAAGCCGGGCCAUUGAUAACAGGUCGCUGGCAGAUGACCCCGAGACUCCAAGAAAGAUGGAAGUGUCUAAAAGUGGGAGGGAGGUGGGAGGACGGGGGCUCAGCCAGGAGUGUGUGUCCAUUCAGUGUCUGGCAGGGAUAUUUCCUCAAGUGGGUUUUAUCUUUACCAGUUCGGUGAUGUGAUUCAUAAAUGUUUUGUCCCCUUAGUGUCAAACAAGUCUGACACACAAACACACACACUCACACACACACACACCAGAGGCUGAACAGUGCGGCUCCUUGGAGUUCUUCCCCCUCUGAUUCCACCUCGUCCAUCACUCACACUCUGUCUGAUUACCAGCUCUUAACCCUUGACCCCUUCACUGUUAACAAACACAUUGACCUCUCCCUCCACCCCCCCGUGACCAAAAGCGUCUCACCGUCCUUUAGCUUUUACAGUCGCGCAUUCAUGUUGGUUUUACAUGUAACUGUUUGCUUUUCAAAUGGUUCAUGAAGUUGUUUCCCUGCAGCUCAUAGACGAAUCCAGCACCUGGAUCCUUCUACGAGAAAAGAGUCAUUAUUCCUUCUUAGUACACGACUUUAGUAAUCCUUUUUUUCGUAUUUGCUCCAAGUCGUCUGUGAUAAAUCAUCUUUUGCUCCUGCUUCUGCCCAAGAGUCAGAAUGUGCUUCAGAUUUAAAUUAAAUAAAAGUAUUUGCUUGAGA